GGGGCUUUCAUUUCCGCUGCACUAAAAAUAUGCUCACCUCAAUGUGUUCAGACACGAAAACUAAACUAGGAACACAAUGUCAUUCAGAAUCUACUGGCCGGAUCGGAGCAGAUGAAGAAACUACAUUGAGAAAAACUAUAAGUGACUGUGAAACAAGGUCUAAAUUAGGACAAGAUUCAGAUCCACAGAGGAGCAGAGAUGACGCUAUCAUCCAAGAGAAUCCGAAUGAUCUUGGGAUUUAUGGCUUUCAAUGUCAUCGGAUGCAUUUUCCUUAGACUUUCUUUGUCUACACACAAUUCACCCCAAAAAAUCCAAAUUCCAACGAGAUUUUGGCAGAAACCUUCGUUGAGUGGAACUUUUUGGAACCAGCAGCAGCAGCGACUUGAUUUCAUUCACAAUCCUAAUUUCAAUACCAUCCUUGCUUCCCCAUCAGAGCUACCUGAUUGGUUGCAUGAUUCUAAACUGAAAUCCGAUGUUUGCAAACCAAAUUUGAGGGUCCAACGACAAAUUGCGGACUACAACUUGCUUCCAAAACAUUUUCAAGACUUUUUACUCUACUCUGACUGUACGUCCUACCCCAUGUUAAUAAACCAACCAACAAUUUGUGAAGAUGCACCGUUUCUUUUGUUGGUUGUGAAAACGCUGGUGCCGCAUUUUGAAAGAAGACAGGCGAUAAGAGAAACAUGGGGACAAGUUGGAGUUGUAGCCAAUAGGACAGUGACGACAGUUUUUCUUUUGGGGAGUGCUAUGCCUGAGGAUAACCACCCAAAUUUGACUGAUCUGUUAAAAUAUGAAGCGGAGAUGCAUAGAGACAUCCUACAAUGGGAUUACAGGGACACCUUCUUCAACUUGACACUGAAGGACAUCCUGUUUCUGGAUUGGUACAGCUCCUUCUGUCCUAACUCUCAGUUUGUCCUCAAAGGAGACGAUGAUGUUUUUGUGAAUACUCCGCAAAUAAUUGAAUUUUUGGACCGUCUCCUCCCACACAAGAUCCCCGAUUUAUUCACCGGAGACGUCAUCACUAACGCAGGACCACAUCGUGACAAAAAACUUAAGUAUUUUGUCCCAGAAAGCUAUUUUGUGGGAUCGUACCCUCCUUAUGCAGGAGGAGGGGGAGUUUUGUAUUCGGGGCAGGUAGCGUUGAAAUUACAGGAAGUAUCUAAGAAGGUGGUUAUUUAUCCUAUAGAUGACGUAUACACCGGGAUGUGUUUGAAAAAGCUGGGCCUUGUGCCAGAGAAGCACAGUGGAUUCAGGAUGUUUGACAUAGAAGCGAAAUACAAGGACAACCCCUGUAUUUAUAGAACUUUAAUGAUCGUGCACAGUCGGACCCCACAACAAAUAAAACAUAUAUGGAGAUGGAUAGUUCAUCCGGAAUUACACUGUCAAUAAUUUUAAUACGGUUUUACUUUUUAAUUUUUGUUUUUACAUUUGGUCUUUAUAGGUCAAUCAUACCCAUGCAGGCUAUAAUGAUAUGGUUUGGAUUAAUAUUGCACUUUAAGUUGACUUUCUUUUCUCUCUCUCUCCUCCUGUGGCCACAUCUGCCCUGGGGUGGACUGCAAUAAACAUGGCUGCCAAUUUGUGCCAACAGCCUCCGCAUUCACCACUAAUUACACACACAAACAAUAUGUAAACAAGGUGGGUUAGGUGUCUUGCCAGAGAAUACAACAGCUAUGCAUUGAGGCUGAAAUGCCAGUCCAGUUUAUUUGUAUAUACUCCACUCACUUGUAACUUGGGAAUGUAUUAAAAAAGGAUUGUCCGUGAACUAUUUAACAGAUUUGGAUGAACUUAGCUUAUUAUGCUGUAUUCUGCAUUUUCUUUUUUAUUAUGUUUUUUGUUGUUAUCUAUCAUGUUAAAAUGUCGUUACGUCAUGAAAAACAUACCUGAAGUUGUGUUUUAUUUUAUUUAAAAAUGCUUGAGUAAUCCUGUAUUCUCUGUCAAUUAAUUUAAAGGGGCACUAUGUCACUUUUCUGGUACAGGGUCUGCCACCAUUUAUGGAGACAAACAGGUAGUGAUACUCUCCUCCAGGGUGUAUGAACAAAAGCGGGUCGUAAAUGCUCAGUAUACGUUUGCCGUGCGUUUUAUAACCAAAAAUGAACAAGCUAUGAGAGCAGACUCGAUGGCCAGAAAACUCUCUUGUAACAACACGACUGGCUUUUGGAAAGAAGUAAAAAACAUGACUGCCACUAAAACAUCUUUGCCAUCAUCUUGGAGCUUUGGUGUCAGUACUACAGUAGAUUAUUUAACUGUGUUCAGAGUGAGCCUUGUGUUAUGACUGAUGUUGGCCAUGCAGAUGUAAUCCUGUCACAUGAAGUCCUUAAAGCUGUCACCAAACUAUCUAACAAUAAGGCCAGUGGUGUUGGUGAGGAUGGUGUUUCAGCAGAGCAUUUAAAGUUUGCACAGUGUGAGGUUAGCACCAGUCCUUUCCAUCUGUCUCACAUGUUUCCUUGUUCAUGGAUUUUUACUUGACUCUUUGUUAACUGUAUUGCUUGUCCCUGUCAUUAAAGAUAAGUCUGGAAAAGUUGGCAGCUCUGACUAUUAUAGAUCUAUAGCUCUGGCCACCAUAGGGUCUUACAAUUUAUUAAAUCCACAGACAAUCAGUUUGGGUUUAAGACUCUGUGUGUAUAGGCUCUAAAAGAGAUUAUUGACAAAUACAGGAGGCAGAUUAUGUGUUUUUAGACGCGUCCAAGACAUCCGACAGGGUGAAUCACUGAAAAUUAUUUAUGAAGUUGAUUCAGAAAGGUGUACCCAAAUAUAUUGUGCAUAUUUUAAUCAAUUGAUAUGGACAACAGACA